AUGGCUGCAGCUUCAGCAGCACCACUCGCCGCCGUAAACGGAGCUGUGAAAAUGACCACGACGUCGCAGGCAUACUUGGACGGCGGCAAAGUCAGGGAGACUAGGGCCUUGAUUUCCGAGCUGUGCCGCCAAUUUUAUCAUCUGGGCUGGGUUUCCGGCACCGGCGGCAGCAUCACCAUUAAGGUUCAUGACGAUUCCAUUCCCAAGCCCCAUCAGCUUAUUGUCAUGUCCCCAUCAGGUGUGCAGAAGGAAAGGAUGAUGGAGGAGGAUAUGUAUGUGCUAGCUCCGGAUGGAUCUGUGUUGUCCGAGCCAUCGGCAAAGCCGUGGCCAAAUAAGCCUCCGAAGUGUUCUGAUUGUGGCCCGUUAUUUAUGAAGGCAUAUGAAAUGCGUAAUGCUGGUGCUGUAAUCCACAGUCAUGGAAUGGAGUCUUGCCUCGUGACAAUGAUUAAUCCUUUGUCCAAAGAAUUCCGGAUUACCCAUAUGGAAAUGAUUAAAGGAAUUCAAGGGCAUGGUUAUUAUGAUGAACUUGUGGUCCCAAUAAUUGAGAACACUGCUCAUGAAAGAGAGCUCACACAAUCUCUUGCGGAAGCUAUUCAAGCAUAUCCGAAAACCACUGCUGUCCUUGUCCGAAAUCAUGGAGUAUAUAUAUGGGGUGACUCGUGGAUCAAUGCUAAAACACAAGCUGAAUGCUACCACUACCUCUUUGAUGCUGCCAUUAAACUUCAUCAGUUAGGAUUUGACUGGUCAACACCUUCCCACGGCCCCAUCCAGACUCAAAACAGUGUUUUAAGCAACCGUCGAAAUCAGAAAGUUUCCACAAAGGCAGGGGCUCUAGACAAUGCCAUUGAACCAAAGAGAAGUUGCAUUGUACUGGACAUUGAAGGAACAACCACUCCUAUAUCGUUUGUUACAGAUGUUCUAUUUCCUUAUGCUCGUGAUAGUGUUGGGAAGCAUUUGGAGCUGACAUAUGAUUCGGCUGAAACUCAAGAGGAUAUUAAGUUAUUACGAGCUCAAGUACAAGAAGAUCUAGCAAACAAUCUUGUUGGUGCAGUUCCUAUUCCUGAAGAUGGAAAUAAAGUGGACAUAAUUGCUGCAGUGGUAGCCAAUGUUGAGGCUAUGAUAAAAGCUGACAGGAAAAUCACUUCUUUGAAACAAUUACAGGCACGGAAUAUGAUUUAUCUAACUGGAUUUCAGAGCAAAGAGAUUGAGGCAAUUGUAUUUGAUGAUGUGCCCGAAGCCCUUGAAAAAUGGCAUGACCUUGGAAUUAAGGUGUACAUAUAUUCCAGUGGCAGCAGAUUAGCACAAAGGCUCUUGUUUGGCAACACUAAUUAUGGGGACCUCAGAAAAUACUUGUGUGGAUAUUUUGAUACUACGGUGGGGAACAAAAGAGAAGUUAAAAGCUACACUGAGAUCUCGGAGUCUCUUGGGGUAGAUCAUCCUUCAGAAAUUCUAUUUGUUACAGAUGUUUAUCAAGAAGCUACAGCUGCUAAGGCGGCAGGUUUGGAUGUGAUAAUAUCGAUCAGGCCCGGAAAUGGCCCGCUUCCCGAGUUGCACGGUUUUCAGACGAUAAAUUCAUUUUCGGAAAUCUAA